CAAAUAAACACGCGACCGCCGUGCUGCGAGCCCCAGUGCUACCGGGGAAGCAGUCCAGUCUAGCGCAGUCUGCACACCACUGGCACCAAGGAAGACUUCUGCAAUGGGCGGUGAAUCUGACGGCGGCGGUGAGGGCCAAGUGGUGCUGGUGACAGGAGGCAGCGGCUUUCUGGGACAGCAUCUGGUGCGCGAGCUGCAGCGUGAUGAGACGGUGGCCGAGAUCCGAGUGCUGGACCUCAAGAAGUACCACUGCCGUCUGGAGUGCGACCAGCGUGUGGCGGUGUGCAGCUUCGUGGCGGACGUGCGCGACGCCGAGGCCUGCAGGCUGGCCUUCCGCGGCGCCGGCGUCGUCUUCCACUGCGCAGCACUCGUCGACUACAGCUUCCCUCCCGACUACGACGCGCUGCACCAGCACAACGUCAAAGGCACGGAGACGGUGGUGCGGCUGUGCGUGGAGGAGCGCGUGCCGCGGCUGGUGCUGGCCAGCACGGCCGAGGUGUGCCUGACGCCGUACCUGGGCGCCGGCGCCGGCCUCAGCUUCUCGCUGCUGGUCAACCAGACGGAGAGCCGCGCCGCCGCGCCCGCAGUGGGCGACCUGCCGGGGCCGGACGCGGAGCGCGGGCUGCUCGCGCCGGGCUACGCCGCCUCCAAGCUGCGCGCCGAGAGGCUGGUGCUCGCGGCCGACGCCACGCCGCUGCCCUCAGGUCGCGGCGUCCUCAGGACGGUGGCGGUGCGGCCGACGCUGCUGUACGGGGAGCUGGACCCUCACCUGCUGCCGCCGCUGCUGCGCGUCGCGCGGGCCUGCGACGGACGGCUGCCGCUGCUUGCGGGGGCGGGGGGCCGACAGCAGGUCACCUACGUGGGGAACGCGGCGUGGGCGCUGGUGUGCGCUGCGCGGGCGCUGGCGUCGCCGCAGCCCUCCGUGCUGAGCGCGGCGGGGCUUCCCCUGUUCGCGACGGACGACACGCCGCCGGUCGACCUGCUGCGCUUCUGCGCGCGCGUCACGGCGCGCCCGGACGGCCGGCUGCGCGUGCGCGUCACGUCGCUCUACUUGCCGGCGCCGCUGGCCUACCUGCUGGCCGCGGCGCUGGAGGGCGCGCUGUCGCUGCUGCAGCUGCGCGCUCCCGUGUCGCCGCGGGCCGCCGUCGCCUACCUCAACUCCGUGGUGCUCUUCUCGCGCCUGCGCGCCGCCCUCUGCACCAAGUACGAGCCCAAGUACUCGGCCGCCGACGCGCUCGCACGCGCCAACAAGUGGUACACGCGCGACAAGCUGUGA